GGGAAUUAUCAGCCAACGGUACAACGUCGAUUCCAUUUAACAUGUCCGAAACAUUUGAUCCGAAUCCAUUAAAUACCGCACGUAACGGAAUUAAUCAUGGAACUUCAUUCCUUCGCUUAAAUACAAUCUACGGUACAUCGGAUGAAGAUCUCUCAAGGUUACGUGAUGGAACUAGUUGUAAAUUAUUAACAUCCGAUGGAAAUUAUCCUGCAAAAGAUCUCGAAGGCGAAUAUAUGUGGGGCAUAUCUCCACUACGAGCUUGGACUUUUUUCACUUUGGCCAUUAAUACUGUAUGGAUUCGCGAACAUAAUAGAUUAUGCGAUGAACUAUUUCAACAGCAUGGUAAUGCAUGGACUGAUCAACAGUAUUUUGACGAAGCAAGACGGUGGAAUAUUGCAUAUUUCCAAAAAACUGUCUCUGAAGAAUAUCUUGGCACUGUUCUUGGACAACCUCUUCCCUUAUAUAAUGGGUACAAACCAGAUUUGGUUCCUGGUAUUGAUACCUUCUUUGCCACCGUUGCAUUCAGAUAUGGUCAUUCAGAAUUAAGCGAUACGUAUCGAAUUCAAGAUGACUAUGGUGACACAAUUGCUGAAUUGACUCUGAACCAAAUUACCAAUCAAAGCCUUUUAGAAACGUUUGGGUUAACUCGUGUUUUACGUUCGAUGGCUUUACAAAGACAAGAAGAAGUUGACAUUUUUUUUAGCGAUGCUGUGAAAAAUUUUAAAAGUCCAGAUUCUCAUACUUAUGAUUUGCCCGCAUUUGAUAUUUCAAGGUCAAGGGAUCGCGGUAUUCCACUAUAUAACACGGUUCGGGAGGCUUAUAAGUUAUCAAGGAAAAGCUCAUGGGAUGAAAUUACGAGUAAUGCAGACAUUCGAAAUAAAUUAGAAUCUUUAUAUCCAAAUGGACCUGAUACUUUAGAGGCAUACGUCGGUGCUUAUUCUGAAGAUCAUAAAGAUGGUUCAAAUUUUGGGGAAUUAAUAAAUGAAAGCUUAGUGACACAGUUUAAUCGAAUUCGAGAAACUGAUGAGAAUUGGUGGGAAUCAGAUCUUUUUAAUACAGAAGAAAAAGCUAUAUUAAGGAAUAUUACAUUUCGUGAUAUUAUAAUUCGUAAUCUUGACAAAAAAGAUUCUCAAUUUGUUAAAAGCAUUUGGACAGUUCAACCUCAAUCUUCAGGAGAUGGUGGAGAAGAUGGAGAUUAUCCAAGUAAAGUCAGUACUUGGAACUCUUAUAUCGUUAGAUAUCGUCUGGAUGACACUCAUAUUCAUUUUAAAGUCGAACUACAAACUUUAGGAGGUGAAGGCUG